GCUCUUCCUCUCUGACCACUUUUAACAAGGGUUGCGCGAUGUGCUCUUCCCCACUCCCGUGAUGUCGCACUCUCCCUCCGCCCUCCUUGACGCGCUUCUUCGCACCACGACCGAUGCGAUCAUACCGCUGACCGCGGACGGCGUGCGAAGCGGGUGCAAGGUGUUUGGUGCCGCCAUAUUGCGCAAGUCUGACCUUGGGCUAGUCCUCGCCGCGACCAACCACGAGACUGCCUCACCGCUGCUGCACGGCGAGAUCAACUGCAUUCAACAGUUCUACGCACUUGAUAAUCAUCCCGACCCCAAGGACUGCGUGUUCUUCGCCACGCACGAGCCAUGCUCCCUAUGUCUCUCUGGCAUCACCUGGUCAGGCUUUGACAACUUCUACUAUCUUUUCACUUACGAGGACACGCGGGACGCGUUCGCGAUCCCCCACGACAUCAAGAUCCUGGAGGAAGUGUUCAAGGUGCCCGCGGCCGGAGAGACGGAUGAACAGUAUGCUGCGCGCCCAUUGUACAAUCGCGAAAACGCCUUCUUCAAAAGUAAGAGUGUGGCGCAGCUUAUGCUAGAUCUCCCGGCAGACGAGGUCGAGACCGCACGGAAAAGGGUUAUGGAUGUAAAGGAGGCGUACGACCGCUUGUCCCAGGUGUACCAACUGGACAAGGGUAAGGCGGGCAUCCCGCUGGCAUAACCGAUGCAGUAGAUGCAUGGCAGUCAACUCUUGUC